AUGAAUGCAAGGAGUAAUAUGUUUCAAAUUUUAAGACAAGAAGAUAAAAUAAAAAGAAAAUCAAAAAAACUCAAAGAAGAACAAUUAAAAAAAGAAAAUGAAAAAAAAGAUAUCAAUAAUUUUACUUUCGAUAUAAAUAAAUAUUCAUCUUGGGUGGAUAUUAUUGAUGAUUAUGAUGAAUUUUUUUAUGAAGUAGAUAAAUUAAAAGAUUUAGACAAAUCUAAGGAAGUUGAUAAAGAUGAUAAGAAUAAAAAAAAAGAAAAAAAAAAGAAGCUAGAAGAAGUUAGUGAAGAGAGUGAAGAAAGUGAAGAAAGUAAUGAAGAAGAAAAAAAAGAAAAAGAAAAGAAUGAUAAAAAGGAUAAAGAAAAGGAAAAUAAAAAAGAUAAAGAAAAUAAAAAUAAAAAUAAAAAAAAAAACAAUAAUUAUAAUUCAAGCAAUUUGAACAAAAAAAAGCAAACAGAGAAAAAAAAAUCAUCUAAAAAAGAAAAGGAAAUGAAAAAUUUUGAAAAUAUAUUAUUGGAAUUUACAAAGAAUGAUAUAAAUAAUAAAGAAAAUAUUUUAAAUGAAAAUAACGAAGAAAAUAAUAUUUCAAAAGAAGAAAUAGAACAAGAUUCUAAUAGAAAUAAAGCUGAUAAUGUAUUAGAAAAUGAAAAUCAAGAUAAAUUAAAAAAAAAAAAAAAGAAAAAAAAGAAAGAAAAAAAAAAGAAUGAUGAAAUGAAUGAUUUAUUAAAGAGAGAAGAAAACAAUGAAGAGGGAACUUUAGAUAAAUUAAAUGAGACAUUAAAUUUAACUAGUCAAAAUAAUGAUGAAAAACCUAAAGAAAAUAAUGAUACAAUUCCUGUAAAUGAAAAAUUAAAACUUCUAUUAAACAAAAAUUCAAAAAAAAAAAAAAAGAGAGAAAAAAUUGACGAUAUUAUAGCAAUAGUGGAAAAGGAAGAAAAUAUAAAGCAAAAACAAAAAGAAAAAUUAAAACAAAAGGAAAAGCAAAAACUAAAAUUAAAACAAAAAACAAAGUAA